GUCAGUUGACGUCAAUUUUCUGCGACUACCACCUCCGACAGUCAUUCCUCAUGUGAGAAGAAUUUCCCUGUUCAAAACGUAAAUUAAGGUUUAAUGUGGGAUGUUGAUGCCGGGUGCUGAAUUGUGAGAAACGUGCCGUUUCUUCUCUUGCCUGAGGCUUCAGCCUUGUCUCUCAGACCCAAUGACCUGCCGCCUUCUGGGCAGAUGGGCCCGCCUGCUCUGCAGGUCCUCCUCUCCAGCAGUUGCUGUCGUCCGCCUUCCUGCCCCUUUGGCUGGACCAGCGGAGGUGCCGAGGGCUACUGGCUGGCCAUGGGUCACAGAGAGGCAAAUGUGCGAAUGGACAGCUCCCAAGGAAGACCCGUAUCCAACUGUGCCACUGCGUACUCCGCUGGACGAGUGCAUGGAAAAAGCGUCGGCACCAGAGGAGGUCCUGUCAGCGUGGGCAAUGUAUAAAGGAAAUGGUAACCAAGCUGCCUCUGCCCUGAUGAAGUGGACCCAGUUGAUACUGAAGACAAAGGGGAAUUUGAGAGAACAUCGGUCAGAACUGUUGACAGAUUCAAGGCUUCAAAAUAUGAAGGAUACCCUAUCCCGCAAGGUGGCCUCGGUAUGGAACGGUAAUCUAGUGUCUGUUUUACGGACUCUCUGGAUUAUUGGCGUCCCUUCCAACGAUGCCGUGCUCAGUUCUGUUCAAACGGAGGUCCUGUGGAGAAUUCGCAGGCUGACAUACAAGCAGCUGGGCUACCUGGUAGACUGGGGAGCAGCGAGGAAAGCGCCGCAGGAUGUUGCAAUAGUGAAAGCUGCUCUGAAACAACUGGAGCUGCGCUGGACUGAAAUCGCUGAAGCUAGAACUGUCAGCAUAUUAAUAUCUAAAGGAGUGCACAUGUCGCCCACCUUAAUGGACAGACUUGAAGACAAGGCCUUGGAACUUGCCGAGAGCUUUUCAGCUGAAGAAAUCCGUAAAGUGUGUGCAUCUUUGGCGGCUCAGAGUCGCAGAAGUGUCCCACUGCUCAGGGCUCUGUCCUACCACCUCAUCCAGAGGCCCUCGUCAGAGUUCACCACUCCACUGAUAAUGGAUUUAGCCUACGCAUACGGGAAACUUAAUUUCAAUCACUCUCAGGUUUUUCAACGAAUGGCCGGUGAGUUGCUGCCCAGAGUCCCGGAGCUCAGUCCUGCUGAUGUCACACGCUGUGCUAAGUCACUGGGCUUCCUCAAAUGGCUCCACAUGCCUCUCUUUGAGGCUUUCUCUGAGAACUACACAGCCAACAGUGAGAAGUAUAGCAUCCUCCAGCUGUGCAAUGUGCUCAUGACUUUUGCCAGGCUGGGCUUCCAACCCAAAGAGGAAGAGUUCUACAGUAAGGUUCACGCUGCGUUAGACACGUCACUCCAGGGCCUGGAGCCUUUUCUACAAACAGAUGUGGUUUGGUCUCUGUGUGUGCUACAGCAGGCCAAACCCAGCUAUAUUAUCCCGCUCAUUCAACAAAAUCAUGUUGCUAAACUCUCAGAGGGCAAUCCGGCUCGAGCGGAGAACUAUAAGCUGAAACUGUUGCAUGUGGCUGCCACUCUUCACUUGGAGCAUCCGGGUUCCACAGAGAGCAGCUCCCCUGAGAGAACCCUUCCUGUCCCGGCCAGCAGCUCCCCUCUGUCCGUCCUACAGACUAGCCUACGAGAGGCCUUACAGAGUCUGGUGGGCGGGAAAGCAGAGGCCCUCCGCACCGGGGUUGACACCGUGUAUGGAUGGACCAUCGACGGUGAGAUGGUGGUGGAUUCUGACAACAAACCAAUUGACAUAUCAGUGCUGAAAGCCCCUCACUUAGUGAGCGGAGGGGGAGAUCAGGAUUUACCUGUCGGAGCUCAGAGGCUAGCUUUCUUAGGUUGGGAAUUUCCAAACUUUGGCUCAAAGAGCAGAGACCUCCUUGGCCGUUUUGUCAUGAUGAAACGACAUCUUCAGUUGGCCGGCUUCAUCACUGUAGAGGUGCCGUAUUACGAGUGGCUGGAGUUGAAGACGGAUUGGCAGAAACUGGCCUACCUGAAGGAUAAAAUGGGGAAGGCUGUGGCCGAAGAAAUGGCCAAGUGAACUGAGGGACAUUUGCAGGCUCAGCUAAAUUAGAGCCUUCCCAGUCAAAUGGGACCACAGGGAAUACACACAUCCACCCACGUUUGCACGCUGAACGGAGCAGGAUAGCAAAAAAUGUAUUUAACAAAGAAACAUAUUUUCAAUACAGUUCUCUUGGUAACGUGGGGUUUUCCCUGUUUCCAUGGUGAUGACAAGUAAGAGUUUUUGAGCAAGAAAGACAUAACUAAACAACAGGGGGUUGUUAUGAUCAAGUCUUUGUGUGAGUAAUUUGUCAAAACAGACGUGGUGGUCUUAUCUGGAAUUAUGGUCAAAAGAUACUCAAUAUCAGGAUGUUAAUAGCUCCAAAUAUCUAUGUCUGUGAAUGUAUGUCAACAUAUGAUGGAAUAAAUUGUUUUAUUGCCAACUUUUUCCUCUCUGCUGAUAGUUGUGGAUCCAGUAAUGUUCACAUCUU